GCCUCCAGCUCGGCCCGCCCAGCCCCGGCUCCGGCAGCCGGAGCGCCGGAGCCCGCGGCGGCGGCAGCGGGGACGAUGUGGUUCUUUGCCCGGGACCCGGUGCGGGAUUUUCCGUUUGAGCUCAUCCCGGAGCCCUUCGAGGGCAGCCCGCCCGGGCCCUGGGCUCUGCACCGCGGUCGUAAGAAGGCCACAGGCAGUCCUGUGUCCAUCUUCGUGUAUGAUGUGAAGCCUGGCGCAGAAGAGCAGACCCAGGUGGCAAAAGCUGCCUUUAAGCGCCUCAAAACGCUCCGGCACCCCAACAUCCUGGCUUACAUUGAUGGGCUGGAGACAGAAAAAUGCCUCCAUGUAGUGACAGAGGCUGUGACCCCAUUGGGAAUGUACCUCAAGGCACGAGUGGAGGCUGGUGGCCUGAAAGAGUUGGAGAUUUCCUGGGGGCUACACCAGAUCGUGAAAGCCCUCAGCUUCCUGGUCAAUGACUGCAGCCUCAUCCACAACAAUGUCUGCAUGGCUGCUGUGUUCGUGGACCGAGCUGGCGAGUGGAAGCUUGGAGGCCUGGAUUACAUGUACUCAUCUCAGGGCAAUGGUGGGGGACUGCCUCGCAAGGGCAUCCCUGAGCUGGAGCAGUAUGACCCCCCAGAGAUGGCUGACAGCAGUGGCAGGGUGGUUAAAGAAAAGUGGUCAGCUGACAUGUGGCGCUUAGGCUGUCUCAUCUGGGAAGUUUUCAACGGGUCCCUACCUCGAGCGGCAGCCCUACGCAACCCUGGGAAGAUCCCCAAAUCGCUGGUGCCCCAUUACUGUGAACUGGUGGGAGCCAACCCCAAGGUGCGUCCCAACCCAGCCCGCUUCCUGCAGAACUGCCGGGCAACUGGUGGCUUCAUGAGCAACCGCUUUGUGGAGACCAAUCUCUUUCUAGAAGAGAUUCAGAUCAAAGAGCCAGCUGAGAAGCAGAAGUUCUUCCAAGAGCUGAGCAAGAGCCUGGACUCAUUCCCCGAGGAUUUCUGUCGGCACAAGGUGCUGCCCCAGCUGCUGACCGCCUUUGAGUUUGGCAAUGCGGGGGCCGUUGUCCUCACACCUCUCUUCAAGGUGGGCAAGUUUCUCAACACCGAGGAAUAUCAACAGAAGAUCAUCCCUGUGGUGGUCAAGAUGUUCUCAUCCACCGACCGGGCCAUGCGCAUCCGCCUCCUACAGCAGAUGGAGCAGUUCAUCCAAUACCUUGAUGAGCCAACGGUCAACACACAGAUCUUUCCCCACGUUGUGCAUGGCUUCCUGGACACCAACCCUGCCAUCCGUGAGCAGACGGUCAAGUCCAUGCUGCUUCUAGCCCCAAAGCUGAAUGAAGCCAACCUCAAUGUGGAGCUGAUGAAGCACUUCGCACGGCUACAGGCUAAGGAUGAUCAAGGCCCCAUCCGCUGCAACACUACGGUCUGCCUGGGCAAAAUCGGCUCCUACCUCAGUGCCAGUACCAGACACAGGGUCCUUACCUCUGCCUUCAGUCGGGCCACUAAGGACCCAUUUGCACCCUCCCGGGUUGCCGGUGUCCUGGGCUUUGCUGCCACUCACAACCUCUACUCGAUGAAUGACUGUGCCCACAAGAUUCUGCCUGUGCUCUGCGGCCUCACUGUGGAUCCUGAAAAAUCCGUGCGGGACCAGGCCUUCAAGGCCAUUCGAAGCUUCCUCUCUAAACUGGAGUCUGUGUCAGAGGACCCCACCCAGCUGGCAGAAGUGGAGAAGGAUGUCCAUGCAGCCUCUAGCCCUGGGAUGGGAGGAGCCGCAUCCAGCUGGGCAGGCUGGGCCGUGACUGGAGUCUCCUCACUCACCUCCAAGCUGAUCCGUGUACACCCUAUGGCUGCCCUGGCUGAGACCAAUGUCCCCCAGAGACCUACACCUGAGGGACUUCCUGCCCUGGCCUCCACCCCUGUCCCUGCCACCCCUAUAACCUCAGACCAGUGGGAGACACAGGAGGACAAGGACACAGCAGAGGACAGCAGCACUGCUGACAGAUGGGAUGACGAAGACUGGGGUAGCUUGGAGCAGGAGGCGGAGUCUACCUUGGCCCAGCAAGAAGACUGGAGUCCGGAGGGCCAAGCCAGCAGUGCUGGGCAGGUUAUCAGCGGGGACCAUAAAUCCCCCGAGUCUGACUGGAGCAGCUGGGAAGCAGAGGGCUCCUGGGAACAGAGCUGGCGGAAGCCGAGGUCCCCCGAGCCGCCCCCCGAGGGCAUGCGGCUGGCCAGCGAGUAUAACUGGGGCGGAUCUGAGCCUAAUGACAAGGGCGACCCUUUUGCCACCCUGUCUGCGCGUCCCAGCACCCAGCUGAAGCCGGACUUGUGGGGCGAGGACAGCUGGGAGGGCCUGGAGACUGAGAGCCGACAGGCCAAGGCCGAGCUGGCCCGGAAAAAACGUGAAGAGCGGCGGCGGGAGAUGGAGGCCAAACGUGCAGAAAGGAAAACAGCCAAGGGCCCUAUGAAACUGGGAGCCCGGAAGCUGGACUGACCAGCCAUGUGGGUGCCUCUCGGCCGCGGAGAGCCCGCAGGUGUAUUUAUUGUACAAACCAUGUGAGCCCGGCCACCUGGCCAGGCACGUCUCACGUGUACAUAAUCAGAGCCACAAUAAAUUCUAUUUCGUA